AUGACGUCGCAUAACGCUGAGCCGUCGCGGCAAUCGUUUCCGGUUUCCAUCUCUAGCGCCCUUCCGUCCAUCGAUCCUCGUCCGUCCAUCGAUUCGCGGCCGAUCGGUUCCCUGAUUCCAGACGAGGAAGAUGACGUGGCGCCGUGGAAGUUAGACGAUGACGAAUCACACGAUUUAGAGCCACAAGUUUCCGACACAGGAGGGGGACGGAUCGCCGCACGAACGGCGCAGAUCACCGAAGGAGCGCGGCGGAUCGCCGCAGGCAGCGGGGGAGGCGACGAGCAGAGCGGCGAAGUCCUCCGCAAAAAGCUUAUUUCGGUUGACGCGCGCGAGGGUGCCUUUCCGCCGCGCAGGAGGCUGGGUGCGGGCGAUCUGCGCGCGGGGGCCUUUUCGCGGCGGAAGCGGUGGAAGGAGCGGCUGGUGCGCAAGCUGGGUCCGGGGAAGAACAAUCUCCGCGAGUACCUCCGCGCGGAGGGCUCCCUGCGGUCCGAGAAUCUAACUACACGAUACCUAAUGGAGUCUCUACACCACGUGUUCUUAGACUAUCACAACCAGUCCCACCAGCAGACGGAGGACAUGCAUAUCAGGUGCAAAGGCGGCGAGUGCCCGGAUUUUCAGCAGUGCUCGGGGAAUUUCACCGCUGUAGACGCGUGCCACUGCCCGGAUAUGGAAGAUUUGAGUCGGCGGGCAGCUUUACCGCCGCUGAACUGCCCGCGGAAAAAGAAAGUUAUGGUGGAUUCGCCGCUGAAUAUCAAGCCAGUGAAGAUACUGUUUGAUCCGAAGUGCUCUCACGCGGAGGAUGACAUUCCGCACUUUGCGUGGGUGAGCCAGAUGUUCAACCUGCGCCACGUGUACUUCAACUCGCGCGGACAGGCGUUUAAUGACUCGUUCCUCUACGACCGAAAUGGCUGCGGCAGCGAACACAAGAUGUUCAACCUGUGCCACGUGUACUUCAAUUCGCGCGGACAGGCGUUCAAUGAUUCGUUCCUCUAUGAUCGCAAUGGCUGCGGCAGCAAGCACACGGUGAGAGGUGGAGAAGUGGUGGGGCACACGGUGAGAGGUGGAGAAGUAGUGGAGCACAAGGUGAGAGGUGGAGAAGUGGUGGAGCACACGGUGAGAGGUGGAGAAGUGGUGGGGCACAAGGUGAGAGGUGGAGAAGUGGUGGAGCACACGUUCGACAUCCCAGAAGGUACCAGAGUCACGGUGUACGAUAGAAUCAUAAACCUGGCGCAUUGGAACGCGUACCAGUUCUACCACGGCAUUCUCGAGCUCGUGCCCGUCUUCUUCAUGCUCUCCAAGGCGCCGCACCUGCUGCGCGCGCUGCCCAUCGCCGUGCAGUACCUGCAGAUGGACUUUCUCGAGAAGCUGGGUACCUUUUUCAUCGGCAUGGAGAUGGUGCACAUGGACUUACGAGUGGUGCCGGAUAAUGAGCCCAUCGCCGUGCAGUACCUGCAGAUGGACUUUCUUGAGAAGCUGGGCACCUUCUUUAUCGGCAUGGACAUAAUUCACAUGGACCUGAGGGUGGUGCCGGAUGAUGAGCUGUUCUUCGCCCGUCAGGUGCUGCAGUACCUGCAGAUGGACUUCCUGGAGAAGCUCGGAACCUUAUUCAUCGGCAUGGAUAUGGUUCAAAUGGAUUUACGAGUGGUGCCGGACGACGAGGUGUUCUUCGCUCAUCAGGUGCUGCAGCCCUACUACCAGUGGUGCGGGCGGCCCAGUCGCUCCCUCUGGCGUCACUUCCGUCGGCUGUAUCUGCUGCCACCCGAUGGCCUCCCCAUGUUCCUCCCUGAUUGGACGCCGCGCAUCAACAAGGCCAUGCAAUCAUACUCCAUUGGCUUCCCAGCGCCAUGCAGUCAGGCCUUCCCAGGUGUGCUUGAUCCGGUGCUCUCAGAAAUCAGUGCUCUUUGGAGCGCCUGCGGACUGGGUGGUGGUGCUGUGCUGGCACAGCGAUACAACACGCAGGCACUGGAGCAGCAUGGGGAGGUGGAGGAGCUGCUGUGUGCGCCUGCUGACUGGGUGGUGGUGCUGGCACAGCGAUACAACACCCGCGCACUGGAGCAGCAUGGGGAGGUGGAGGAGCUGCUGUGCACUCUCUUCCCUCGAGAGCGGGUGGUGGUGUUUGAUGGCAGCCUGCGCAUUGCUGAUGGUGAGAGGGGGAAAGGAAGGGAAUCUUGCUCCCCUGUGAUUAUGAUUCUGUGCAUUGCUGAUGGUGAGCAGGAGAAGCGUGGGCCAGAUCGGGUCGGGGGGAUAAGAGGGGGAAGCAGCACUCCCAGUGCUGUUUGUCGCCAUGCUCGGAGCAGCGCUCAUCAACGCCAUCUUCAUGCCACACCCCCCCACCCAAUCAUCCCCAAUCUUGGCCGAUCUUCCCAAAUCUCCCUUACCCUUCAGCCAAGGCUCUGUUCAGUCAAGCUGUUCUCUUCGUGGCAGCACACGGGGCAGCGAUCACCAACGCCAUCUUCAUGCCGUUCAAGUCAACCCCCUCCUAUCUCCCCCACCCGCCUUUCUUCUUACCCUGCAGCCAAGGCUCUGUUCAAUCGAGCCGUGCUGUUUGUGGCAGCACACGGGGCGGCGAUCACCAACGCCAUCUUCAUGCCGUUCAAGUCGGUCCUGCUUGAACUGCGCCCCAGGGACUUCCACAAGGCGUGCUACCACCACCUGGCCGAGGUGUGCGACCUGCAAUACUUGCUACUGCUGUGUGAGGGAGCCAAGGACACGCCUCUUUCGUGUGAUAUGGGUGAAGUGAGGAGGGUAUUAGAGGAGGUGCAAGGGCGUGUGGAUAAAGUGCUGGAAGAAGGGCCGGAGGUGCAGCUGGAGGAGGAGGAGGAGGAGGAAGGGCAGCGUUGA